GCGCGCUAGAGAGGGUGGUUGGCGGAAGAAUAUUUGCCAGAGGAUCGAUCAACAACAAGGUGACCCCAUGUCUAUGCAUUCCCGGUUUCCGUGAACCGUGCCAUGAAAACAGAACGUUCACUAGGCCCUGUACCAAUAGCUCAACACGCACUCGACCCCGUGAAUUAGAGUUUGGCGGCGUGAGAAUAUGGUGAUAAAACUCCAACCAUUUCCAGCAAUAUAACGGCUCCCUCUCCGUGUGCUUUGUCGGGCAUGUGCGAUCGAUAUCGAUCUCCCAGCUCUCCCAUCUAUACACACGCUUGCUUGUGGCUGUUCUCGAUACGUGAGAACCCAGUGUCCCGUCGCCACUAUGGCUCCACAAGGCACCACCAGGUCGUUCCACCAUGAUUUGACGGAUGAGAAAACCGGUGCACUCCAAACAGAAGAGGUUGUCGUGCAGCGCAUCACGGAGGAUGACUUGUUGCAAAUGUCGAAGGAGGCGAUGCCAACGUUCUGGACGAAGACUGGAAUGCGACUUUGCUUGAUCAUGUUCGUUCAGGGUUGUAAUCAGGCAGGUUAUGGCGUCGACUGGGCAGUCAUUGGCAACAUCAACGCCUACAAGUCCUGGCACAACUACUUCGGGUUUGCAACGAGCGGAACCACUUUCGCGCAUAUCACGGCCUUGAUGAGGAUUGGGACAGUUUGCGGUGCUCCAUUCCUGGCUUUGAACGACAAAAUUGGGCGUCGGGGGGUCAAUUUUCUCGGGAAUUCUCUCGUAAUUAUAGCUGCUUUAAUGCAAGGCCUCGCCCCAAACGUUUCUUGCUUCAUGGCUGGCCGCUUUUUCCUGGGAUUCGGAUCUGCCUUGAUGUCUUCGCCGCAGUACAUCGCCGAAGUCGCUCCUGUCCAUCUCCGAGGACGCAUUGUGGGCAUGUUCGGAGCCUGCUUCCAGAUUGGUAGCGUGGCCAUGAACGCUGGAAUGAUCGGAACUGCGACUAUGGCCGAUACCAACAACUGGUCGUGGCGCAUCCCUUUGCUCUUGCAGACCUUCUUCCCGUUGGUAGUUUGCUCGCUCAUCUACUUCCUAACGCCUGAGUCGCCACGUUAUCUUAUGUUGAAGGGUAAACGAGAAGAAGCAAAGGAGGUCAUUGCGAAGUAUAUGACAACUUCCGGGUCAACCUCCGAGCCUCUCGUCAAUGUCGUAGUUGCACAGAUUGAGGAGUCACUGGAAACGUCAAGGACGGGCUUCAGACAGUCGUGGAACUUUGCUGUUUUUGUCCAGAAGGUCGUCAGAUAUCGACUGUUGGUGUUGAUUCUGUACUCUUGCUUUCAGUCCUGGAACGGAGGAGGUAUCGUUUCCUACUAUCUCACACCCGCGCUUGAGACAAUCGGAGUCACAGACAAGAUUAAACAGCUUGGCAUAUCGCUUGGACUGACCGCGACAUACUUCAUCUUCACUGCGAUAGGUGGUUGGUUUGUUGAUUUGCUGAAACGUCGUACACUAAUCUUCGCUGGCCUCAUUGGCAUAAUCUGCAUGCAGACAGCUGCCACGAUAACCUCUUGGCAGUAUAGUCAAACAAAAUCUAAAGCUACAUCCGGCCUUACUAUCAUGUGGAUGUUCCUGUUCCAGAUCAUCAGCGCCACUUUCAUCGCCACAAUGCAUAAUCUCUAUCCAGUCGAGAUUCUAGCGCUGCCGCUUCGUGCCAAGGGUAUGGGGUUGUACGGAAUCAUCCAGGGCGCGUGCGGAGCCAUCGAAGCAUAUGGCAUCUCCAUCGGUAUUAGUAAGAUUGGCUACAAGAUCUGGUGCGUCUACAUAGUGUACAACUGCCUUCAGUUGGUCGCGGCAUACUUCAUAUUCCCAGAAACGUCCAAAUUGACACUAGAGGAAAUUGAUGCUGUAUUCGAGACGCCAGGAGUGCAUCCAGUCAAGAUGUCCAUGAAGAUUCAAGAGGCGAAGGUGGAGAAGGCAAAAUUAGAUCAGGAGAGUGGUGUACUCAACAACACAAGCCACAGGGAGCUGUGA